AUGUGCCCUGAGAGAAGUAAGUCGGUGGUGGUGGCUGCGGAUGACGAGUCAGGUUGCUCAGGUGCGUCUCCAGCUCACCUCACACUUGGGCUUCUCAGGGAGGAGGGGCGGAAGCCCUGGCCCACCGUUAGCACGAUGAUCCUCAGCCUGCUCCUGGCUCUCAACUUCUUCCCCUCAAUUCAAGUAGCAGAAAACAAGAUUUUGGUGAAUCAGUCGCCCAUGCUUGUGGUAAACAACAAUGAGGUCAACCUCAGCUGCAAGUAUACCUACAACCUCUUCUCGAAGGAGUUCCGGGCAUCCCUUUAUAAGGGAGUAGAUAGCGCUGUGGAGGUCUGUGCUGUGAAUGGAAAUCACUCCAAGUCACUUCAGUCUACAAACAAGGAAUUCAACUGCACUGUGAACUUGGGCAACGAAACAGUGACAUUCUACCUCCAGGAUUUGUACGUUAACCAAACGGAUAUUUAUUUCUGCAAAAUCGAGGUUCUGUAUCCUCCUCCUUACAUAGACAAUGAGAAGAGUAAUGGGACCAUUAUCCAUGUGAAAGAGAAACAUCUUUGUCCAGCUCCCCGGUCUCCUGAGUCCUCUAAGCCAUUUUGGGCACUUGUGGUGGUAAACGGAGUCCUAGCUUUCUAUAGCUUGCUAGCAACAGUGGCUCUUUCUAACUGCUGGAUGAAGAGUAAGAGAAACAGGAUGCUUCAGAGCGACUACAUGAACAUGACACCUCGCAGGCCGGGGCCCACCCGAAAGCACUACCAGCCCUAUGCGCCAGCACGGGACUUUGCAGCCUACCGUUCCUGA